AUGAGUCGCAAGUGGAAAAAUCGGGACAAUGAGAGGACUCAGAGACUCUCUCUGGCUGAACUGGCGGCUCACGAUGAUGUCUGCUCAGACGCUUUAGUGGACAAUGCCUACUACAAAUCUCGCAUACGGAAGAACCGGACAAAACAUAUUCCCAUCCGUGGAAUCAAAGAGGACGAAGUCCCUCAAAUCCUGCUACAGAAAGUGAUUGUCGACAAGGACCUAGUGGCAGCAGAGAAGGCACUCCUCGCUCUCCCAGGACUUAAGAGGUACAAGAAGAGUCUUCGUUCCAAAAUCGAACAAGAGCGUUUUCUCUGUCAUAUUCGCAAGUACAUCUCAAUGUACAGCACGGACUGUGCUUGGGAAGUAUCCACCACCAAUCGAUACACCAUUGUCACCUACGAAGCUGCCGUCACAGCUCGACGACGUAUCAAGCAAGGAGACAAAGUCAAGUAUCUCAUUGGUACCCUAGUCCCUUUGACUGCCGAGGAGUCAGCCGACCUGGAUAUGACCAACCGCAAUUUCAGUAUUGUCGUUUCUAGCCGCAAAAAGAAUUCGUCGAUAUUUCUGGGCCCUGCUCGCUUUGCCAACCAUGACUGCGAUGCCAAUGGUCGUUUGGUCACAACCGGCCCAGAUGGCAUGGAAGUGGUAGCAAUGAAAAAUAUCGAAGUCGGCGAUGAGAUCACGGUUUCCUAUGGCGACGAUUACUUUGGCCCGAACAACAUUGAUUGUCUCUGUCAUACUUGCGAAGUCUUGGAACGAAAUGGAUGGACCUCCAAAGGUGCUCUACUUGAAGAUCGAAGCCAGCAUUCGACUCCUGCACCUUCCAGGUUGUCAAGUGUCCAAGCUCGUAAUCUAAAACGCAAAUUCGAUUCGGACACGUCACCAGUCGGUUCGUCUUCUACUCCUCCUUCAAAGGCAAUCAAAAUCACACAGUCUCCAUCGAAGUUGCAACAGUCCUGGACGCCACCCACUGCUCCCGAAUCGGAGCUUCCUGACGAAGGUUCCACAAGUGAGGCAACGGAGCAAAGUGACACGGCUCCAAUUUCUGUAUCUCAUCAGGUUCCUGUGCUGUCUCCGCCGCACAGCCCGCGGCGAUCGAUUGAGCGAAACCCUCGCAUAAACAGCCCACCACCCGCUUCUGGCGGUCUAAUAGAUGAUGCUGUCCCAUUACAAACUCGUGAACCAGGGUCAACGAACAGAGCCAAAUCGAGAGAUGGACAUCGCGAAAGCAAGAUGGCUGCUAGGCUGCUUGGGAAGGUAUCAUCCCGACUACCAUUCUCACCCGCGCCAACGUCUCCUUCCAGCCACGGGUCUGCCACUGAGACUCUUCUUGUAACUCAAUUGCCACCCGAGCCGCAAGCCACAGAUGCGUCAGUCACGAUCAAAGUGGAGACGGUUGAGAUAACAAAGGUUGAAGCUGACAAUGAUACUAUUAUUGUCACUUCCUCACGUCAAAGUUCGGAUCAAUUGACGGACAGUCCUUCUAAUCACAUGGAACUAGGACAGUCUACCGAUACCGCACCAGAAGUCGAAGGUCCAGCAGUUCAACCACCCAUUCCCCACGUGAUUUCGACUUUGACUACCACAACUAUCACCAAGGAUGUUCAGGUUCCAGAAAUUCCGGCAGCUGUUUCAGAGGUCCAUGUGCUUCCUUCGAUUGAACAACCAAGUACAACUGUGACCCGAGCGACAUUGACUGUUCACCCAGUUACUGGCACUAUUCGCAUUGCAGGUGAUUACAUUUUGACGCGGAAACUCCUGGCACAACCUCAUGAUCGAUGGGUUCAGUGUCACAACUCGAAAUGCUACGGCUUUUUUAUCCAGCCCAAUGGAUACCAGACACGACGAGAGUGCUCUCGAUGCGAAAGGCACAGCAUGCUCUAUGGGUUUGAGUGGCCCAAAACGGAUCCAGACCUUCGGAAACUACUUGAGAGAAAGAGCCAGGGUAAAAAGCGAGACAACUCUGGUGCAGCUCCAGUUGAGUACAGUGCGUAUCGUCGCAAGGGACGCUGCGGUAAGGGCACAUGGGUCGAAGGCGGUGGCGAUGAGGAGGAACGUGUUAUGGACCACCGAACCAUUCAUCGAUUCGUCCUCCCCGAGGAAGAACGCGACCUUACGCGAAAUGGACUAUUGAAAGAGGCCGAGAUGGCUCGAGAAGCAGGAGAUGUGGCACUUGCGAUGCUAGAGGCCAAGUUUCGUGCUGGAUCAAGAGGUCUAGGGACGGAAAGCGCGGCGAGAGAUGGAAGUGAGAGUGGACCAGGCUCUGCCACACCUGACGACAGGCGGAGAAGCAAUCGGUUCGUCACGCGCCCUGUCGGUGUUUACACGGACAAAUACUAG